AUGCGCGCAGCCCUGAAAGAUUUGUAUCGAGAAAAACCCUCAUGCAAAGUGACUGGCACAAUGACACCUCCGUUAGACAUCGAAAAGGGCCCUUCCGCCCAAGUACAGAGAAAAUCUGUGUCGCAUAGCUGGGAUCAGAAUCUCUCUACCUCUCCCAGCGCAACUUUUCAGUCACCCCCACCAAGCUGGGCAAGAUCUCUGCCACACCGCGGUGCUCCGAAACAGCUCAAGCCGUUUAACACCCAGGACGUCAAGAUUCUACUGCUGGAAAAUGUCAAUCAAGCUGGAUGUGAUAUUCUCAAGGGUCAGGGAUAUCAAGUCGAAACUUUCAAAUCCUCAUUACCCGAGGAUCAGCUAGUGGAGAAGAUCCGUGAUGUCCAAGUAAUCGGCAUUCGGUCUAAGACGAAACUUUCGGAACGCGUCCUCCGCGAGGCGAAGAAUUUGCUCGUCAUCGGCUGCUUUUGUAUCGGCACAAAUCAAGUUGACCUCGAGUUUGCCGCGCGCAAUGGUAUCGCCGUCUUCAAUUCUCCCUUUGCAAACUCUCGCAGUGUUGCAGAACUCGUAAUAGGAGAGAUCAUUUCUCUCGCUCGACAGCUUGGCGACCGCUCCAACGAGAUGCAUCGUGGAACGUGGAACAAAGUCAGCUCUAAAUGUUGGGAAAUCCGUGGCAAGACUUUGGGAAUUGUUGGUUACGGUCACAUUGGAUCACAACUCUCUGUCCUGGCAGAAGCGAUGGGCAUGAGCGUCAUUUACUACGACGUUGUUACUCUCAUGGCGCUUGGCACUGCCCGCCAGGUUCCAACUCUCGAGAUUUUGCUUGGGGAGGCAGACUUCGUAACGCUACAUGUUCCCGAUCUUCCGGAGACUCGAGGCAUGAUAUCUGACAGUCAGCUGGAGUGCAUGAAGGUUGGUUCAUACCUCAUCAACGCAAGCCGAGGCAGCGUCGUCGACAUCCCAGCACUAGUCAGAGCCAUGCGCUCAGGCAAGGUUGCCGGUGCAGCUCUUGAUGUUUACCCUGACGAGCCUGCUGGCAACGGGGACUAUUUCACCAGUCACCUUAAUCAAUGGGCAGAAGAUCUUCGAACUCUGAGCAACAUUAUCCUGACACCACACAUCGGUGGUAGCACUGAAGAGGCCCAGCGAGCCAUUGGCGUCGAAGUGGGCGAUGCUCUCGUCCGUUACAUUAACCAGGGCAUCACGCUGGGCAGCGUCAAUAUGCCUGAAGCACAGCUGCGAUCGCUGACUCUCGAUGAGCCGAAUCAUGCCAGGGUCAUUUACAUUCAUCGCAACGUUCCAGGUGUCCUAAGAAAAGUAAAUGAAAUUCUCGGAGAUCACAACGUUGACAAGCAAAUUAGCGACAGUCGCGGGGACGUUGCUUAUUUGAUGGCUGAUAUCAGCAAUGUUCAAUAUGCGCAAAUCAAGGAUAUUACAGAAAGCCUCGAGGCCCUCAGCUCUUGUAUUAUGACUCGGGUUCUUUAUUGA